GUUUGUAGUGUUUUGAUUCUGUUUAAGUGCGCUGAAUGUGUGCCGGGGAUAACCCAGGGUCAUCUUGAUUUAUUUGUUUUUUUAUUUUUUGGUGGGGACAACUUGGGUUAAGUUAGUUAACAAGAAAAGUGGUCAAGAGUAUUUUGUUGUCUGAUAUUAAUAGCAUAUUAUAUUUAAAACACUAAACAUUUUAUUCGUUUUUCAGGUGAGUUUUUACAUAAAUCAUAAAACGAAAUAAAAUUAAUGACAAAAUAGUUUUUCUUAUCAUUUAAAUAUAUAUAAAAAUGUGACAAGCAGCUUAAUAAGGCAUAAAAUAUUCCAAUUGUUGAGUUGAAUAAAGUGUAGGUAUUUUAUUAAUUAUUAUUAAUGUAAUUAAAUCGAAUAAUCCCCAUUUUUGAUAAAUUUAUCCAUGAAUUUUUUAUUUUUAUUUAUUUUCAAAUUUUCGGAAGUUUUAUAAUGCCCAGAUUCCGUUGAUUAGUAUUUUCUAUUUUCUUCCAUACAAUAAUAAUGUAUACAAGGUGUCAAAGUUAGAGAUAUAAUAUCAUCGUUGAUGUCAUUUGAAAAAUUAAAUCCUCCACGGCCGAAUUUGGCCCAAAAUAACUCAAACUUAAUAGAGAAACACGAAAAAAAAAAAUAAUAAUAACGGGUUCCCUAGUAUUAAAGUACGAUUUAAACUGAAAAUAAAACGCAUUUUUCAAAAUGUUUCUAUCACAUGCCCUUGUUUUUUCUUGAUAAAACUGUGACAAUGAUGGGGACAAAAUAAACAAAUUCAUGUCAAAACUUUUCAUUAAAGCUAAACAUUGAAACGAAGAACAUAAUAUUAAAAAAUAAGAAAAACAUCAAAUUAUAACAAAAAAAUCAUACUUAAUCAUUUUUCCGUGCAUAUAUGGCGCUCAAAUCCAGCAAACCAUCAGCCGACAAGUUGGCAAACUCUUCAUAAUAAGAAUCGUCAAGCUCCUCAGAAUUAACUGCCGCCAUCACCUCUUCAUUGUUGGAAAAUCUUUGACCACUGAGCCAUAAUCCGAGAGGGGCUUAAACUGGUGAAUAGGGUGCAUGAGGCAGCUGGUGCAAACAACACUUUCUUCGUAGUCAAAUACUGUCAUUUUUGCUUCAUUUCUUCGCUCAAACAUUGCGAAAAUUCGCAUAAUAGUCGCGGUUGAUGGUUUCUCCUUUUUCAAAAUAGUUAAUGAAAAUUAUUCAACGCGCAUCCCAAAAAACCGACGCAGAUGGAAUGGUCUUUGCCUUCUCCCUUUUCAUUCCAUUGUUUUGAUUGCUCUUUUGUUUUGGCGGUAAAGUUAUGGACCCACGAUUCACCCAUGGUUAUGACACAACGCAAAAAAUCUGCUUUUUUUUUCUAUGGAAUAUUACUAAACACUCGAUGGAAACAUCUUCACGACGCUGUUUUUGCUCCAUUGUGAGUAAACGCGGCACCCAUCACCUCACUUGGUCGACCACUGCUACUAUGCCGGUCUUCGCAAGUCGAUGGCCUCGUUUAAACUGUACUACCCCCCAAUAUUUAACUGUUAAUAACGGAGAAGCCGUCUUGCUUAGAGGAAAAUCUAGUUCAGCUUUUAUAUUGGUUGAGCUAACACUUCUCGAAUAAAAAUUUUGUAUCACAGAACGAUGAUCCACUGAUAUCCCUCGAUAUUAGUUAUACAUGGAUUUUGUUCUAAGGGUAGCACAUUUUUAUGAUGCACACAGUAUCGAUGAUUAGAAACCGUUUAAAAAAUGGGAAAAAGAAAAACGUUAAGAUGUUAUGUGGAAACUUUCCAUAACGACAAACGUUAUUUUGAAAAAAAAACCACCGAAAGUAGAAAGCAUAAUUUACUGAGAACAAUAAAAUUCUGUAAUAGUAUGACAAUAAUUAAGGCAGAGCGUAGUCGUUUGAACCACCCAACAGAGUCACUAAAGUUAUUAAGUUGUUAUACAAAUUUUGUCAAACAUAUGAAAUAUAGAAACAAAAGCAAUAAAAUAGUUGAGAUACCUCAUAGAAACGAGAACAACAGUAGUGCAUGAGCCCAAUUUUGGCAACUAGUGCAUUGUGAUUGAUGGUGAUUGACGGAAGUUGUGUUUGCCCCACAUUUUUUUUCUUCUUAUUAACCUUUCUAUUAUUUUUCUUAACAAGUAAUUCUUUUCAUCAGACUCCUUGGAGCAUCUUUCUAGGGAAUGUCUGUCAAAACAGCGCAGUUUUACUUUUUCCUUCGUGUUAGUUGCUUUCUGGGCUCGGCUUUUGGUAAUGGUCUCACGAACUUUGGCGAAAAUGGAAUAGUCUUAAACCUACUUAAUGGCUCUACAGAAACGAGAGAUGAUAAAAACUUUGAUGAAGGUGCACUUACUUCAGGAUUUUCUGAAGAUUGCAGCUCAGUAUUUAUCUAAAUUAUUUCUGGUGCUGGGAGUUCAUGUGUUUGGGAUUGGGAUUGUGAUUUUGGACUGUCAGUUAUGUAUAGUGGCUGUAAUUUAUAGGUACAAUGGGGUGGAAUAAAGAACAUUAUUGUUUUAGAUGCUAGAUGUGACGAAUGGAUAACUUAAGCUUAAGUUAUAGCUUUUCUGUUUAGUUACAUAAUUCCUAGACUAUUUUUUUUUAGAAAAAGUGUCCAAGAUUUUCUGGUUAAGAUACUUUUUGAUGCGAAUUUACUUAAAUAAGAGAUAAUAUGUAGAAGACGUAUUUAUUUAUUUUUGAAUUUUGCCGCCAUCAUGUCAAUAACGAUUUGUAUCUGGCAAUUACAUAAAUUGUAAUUCAGAUGCACAUUGAAAGACAUUGAAAAAAUACGUUAUGUAUAAAAAUAUAAAUAAAGUAAUUAAAGAACUCUUUAAAAUAAAUUGAAAUUGAAGAAUAAACUUUCUUUUUAUUCCAGAUUUGGUCAUGAGAGCUGAAGUGAUUACCCUCUCGGGUAUUCUGAUAAGUCUUUUUCCCCUGAUAAACAGUUUGCCACAAUCAGGUAGUUUAGUAACUUCUACCAACAGCUACGUUACAGAAGGAAAUGAAGCCACUAAGAAACAAGAUGAUGCUCCAGUUCUUCCGAAAAUUUAUGAGAUGCGAGUUGAAGCGAACGUUUCCAACAGAUUUGCUAAGUGUCAAAUCACAAGCAAAGUAAAAAAUUUGGACAAAGAAGCUCACCAAGCUACAUUUUCAGUUGUGAUACCAGAACAAGCUUACAUCUCUGGAUUUAUCAUGGAAAUAGAUGGGAAGCAAUAUGAGGCUUAUGUUCAAGAAAAAGAAGAAGCUAAAAAAACUUAUGAUAAGGCAGUACAAGAAGGACAAGGUGCCGCUCAUGUCAGUGUUAGCGCAAGAGAUUCUAAUAGAUUUACAGUAUCUGUGAAUGUGGAACCACAAAAAAAAGCCAUAUUCUAUUUGAAAUAUGAAGAAUUAUUAGAAAGGCAAAAUAACCAGUAUGAACUAGUUAUUAACAUACAUCCUGGUCAACCAGUGAAAAACUUAGAUGUCCAGGUACACAUUGAUGAAACACGACCGCUCAGAUUUGUAAAGGCUCCCCCAUUAAGAUCAGGAAACGAAAUUUCGAAAACUGAUGAAAAACUGAACCCCAAUGCUGAUGUCAAAAUGAUUAACGCCAGUUCAGCUGUUGUUACAUUUAGUCCAGAUUUAGAACAGCAGAAGCAAUACGCAACUGACUUGGGAACAGAAGCCGAAUAUGGACUAGCUGGACAGUUUAUUGUUCAAUAUGAUAUAGAGAAACUACCACCUGGAGGCGAAAUCUUGGUUGAUGGUGGACAUUUUGUACAUUUCUUCUCUCCAAGUGAUCUUCCAGCCCUUCCAAAACAGAUUGUCUUUAUUUUGGACACAAGUGGUAGUAUGGAAGGUAUUAGGGUGAUGCAAUUGAAAGAGGCAAUGAAAAGUAUUCUGCAAGAGUUGAAGAAAGAAGAUAUAUUUAGUAUUGUUGAAUUUGGGUCAGUUGUAAAAGUAUGGAAUAUUGAUAAACAAGCUGUUCAAUAUGAAUCCGGUAUUGAUGAAUGGGCAAAACCUGAUAACUCAGAAGCACUUUUUACAAAUAGAAUGCAACAACCAAUUCCUCCUCCGUAUCCAGCAUCUGAUGAAUAUUUAAAGAAAGCUGAAGGUGUAGUUGAGAAGUUGAAAGCGUAUGGUGGUACUGAUAUCGAAUCAGCUCUUCGUGUUGGUUUGGAAAUAGUCUUAAAAAAUAAAGAAGAUAAGAAACAUCAACCCAUAAUAGUAUUUUUAACAGAUGGAGAAGCCACAGUUGGUGAAACUAAUAAUGAUAGAAUUAUUAGUACUAUAAGUGAGCUGAACGGUGGAAAAACUCCAAUAUUUUCAUUAUCUUUCGGAGAUGGUGCUGAUAGGAACUUUCUACAGAAGAUAUCUUUGAAGAAUUUAGGGUUCAACAGACACAUCUAUGAGGGAGCUGAUGCAUCAUUACAGUUACAAGAGUUUUAUAAGCAGAUUUCCUCGCCUCUUUUAUCCAAUGUUACAUUUAAAUAUGUGAAUAAUGUAACUGAAGUUACCCAGCAAGAUUUUCCCAUUUUGUUCGAAGGUUCAGACUUUGUGGUAUCGGGAAAAAUAUUAGAUCCCGGUUUUGCUCCAUCUUUAGUAGAAGGUUGGGGAAUCAAUGGUCCAGUGAAACUUGUGCCAGUUGUAAAUCAAUCUGUGGGUAACUUGGAACGACUGUGGGCCUAUUUAACUCUUAAACAAUAUUUGAAACAACGAGAAGCUGCUGAUAACAAAACAGGACCUACCCAAGAAGCUUUGAGAAUUGCUUUGAAAUAUUCAUUUGUCAGUGACGUUACUUCUUUGGUAGUAGUCAAACCGAACCAAACUGAUGCUGUGGAUACUGAAGAUGGAAGUGACAAAAGGUAUCCAAUGAUAGCUGCUGGAGUUCCUCUCUCAGCUAAUUUAUAUCAUUCCAAAGCACCCAUGCUACCAUUAGCAGCCAGCGGUAUAAAUAUGCCGUCAGCUUCGUACUCGUUUAUUGUUAAAGAGGAAGAACCAGAAGAAGAAGAUCUGAACUUUUUUGAUAUGGCAACACAUCAUUCCACUACACCUCUCCCAAUUGUUUACACUACAGAAAGUACUCCAUCUCCAUUGGAACAAUUGAAACAAAAACUUCCAUGGCUAGCAAGUAUUUUGAAUGACAAUGGGACUUUAAAUCUCUCUAAAGGUGAAUUCAAACUGGGUUUGAAUGAAACUGUCCUCACUCAUCCCGAAUGUCCUUCAACAACUCCUCAUCAAACAGGAAAGUGUACAUUGAUCCAUGAAUGUCCUCAAGUUUUCACUCAGUUGACUGAUAUACAAACAUAUGAAAAAUAUUUCUGUGAUCUUCAAGGGUUUGCAGGCGUGUGUUGUCCAAAAUAAUACAUUUGAACCCGAUAUUUUAGUUGUACUUAUUUUUCAUGUUUUUAAGCGUAUAAUAAACACACAUUAAACUCUC